GAGAGCGUGGAACAAAGAUGGCGGAUGAGUGGCGUCGGCGGAGGAGGCACAAGGUAGGAGGAAGAAGACGAAGAGAUUACGGAGUAGGAAGAGAAGAGAAGAGAGGAGAAAAGAGGAUAGAGGAGAACACGGGGUGCGGGACGAUUCGCCAGUGGAGAAUGGGGGAAAAGAGGCGAAGUGAAGAGACGAGAGGAGAGGAAGAGACGGUGAGGGACGACGCGCGGCUCGGGGGUUCGGGUUAGCUCGUUCGACCCGUUAUCCCUUCUCUCCUGGAGACCCGAGUUCUCUCUCCCUACCUGUCCUUGCUUCGAUUCGAACGAGUCCCUCCAACUCUCUCCCCUACGGGGAUGUACGAAAAGUUUCCCCCACCAUGGGUACACUUCACCGGCUGGCGUGCGACGAUCGCGAUUGCAAGUCGCUGCUUUUCGAGGUAGACUCGUUUCGUUCCCCUACGUGGUAUCCCCCACCAUGCAGCCAACAGCGAUACUAGCCAGCGAGCCAUACUACGCUCCCGCCACGGUGACGUCACUCUGAGUAGUGUAGUGCAGUGAGAAGGAGCGAAGCCAGCUCCAUCCGCGUUACAUGGCCCGAGUGAACGAAGCGAGUGCGUUUAAGACGUACAUAUACAAGCGUGCAUCGUAGCGAUCGAGUUGCACUAAUAGUACCAUUAAUUUUCUCGAUCAAUGCACGUUAUGUGACACGGCGAGUUGUGUACGAUCGCGAGAAAAAAUAUAGAGGAAACCGCGCCUCGCUUUUACUAACGAAAUAUAUCUGACGUGUUAUACCAUUAACGAGGUACCAAGCGGUGAUGAUACAGUGAUGUGAAAGAAGCGACUACGCGCGUUAGUGAAGUCAUAGAAAAGAAAUCAAAGUAAGAGGAAAGAGGAAAAGGAAUAUAGUGUGUCGUGUGCGCGGUGAAAAGAAAAGAGUUGCACGUUCUAAUAUUCGCCAGGAAGAAAACAUCAACGGUUCUAUCCGUUGGUGGAUCGAUUGUUUUCUUUUUUUUUUUUCAAGUGGGGUUUCACGCGAGAGUUUGGAAGCGUGUCUGGAAAGGCUCUGUUUGUUGAUCGGUGUACGAUAUCAAGAAAACGACGGUUGAAAAUCAUCAAGGCAGAUCGACGCGAGUGUAAUAAUGCUUGGCAAAUAUGCGCUGGGAUGUAUCGCCCGCGCAUUGUGCCCGGUGUGCUUAGUGUGACGUGUGAUUAACCGCCUUUCUUCAUACGCGAUUCAGUGGUAUACGAUGUGGUGUUCGGCGACGGUUCUGAUCCUUCUAGCCGUUGCCAUCAGUGGUGUCCACUAUCGAGGUUCUUCCUCCACUUCUUCGUGGUCGUCGUGGUUGUUGUCGUCGCCGUCGUCGUGGUUGUUGUCGUCACCGUCAUCGUCGUCGUCGUCGUUGUCAUCGUCAUCAUCGUUGUCGUGGUUGUCGGCGUCGUUGUCGUGGUUGUCGUCAGCGUACGUAGCGACGCAAAAAUUUGAUCGCGAAAUCUCCGUAGCCACCCUGUUUUGUUGGCCGAUCGUUCUACGGCGCUGCCCUGACGACAGCACUCAUCGUGCUUGGGGUCACCACCUUCCGGCUAGUGACUAGUGAUAAUCUGUUUGUUGCCAGUGAUUAAAUUGGGAGUGUCGAAGUGGGAGGAAGCUCCUUCCUUCGUCGUGGAAUACGCGUAACGUAACGGUUUCUUUGCUUCUUGUCGCGUGUGUGUCGCGAGCUACACGCGAGAAAGUUUUUUCUUCUCGAUCCAAAUAAGAAAAAUUGUGCCGUCAAAUCCGAAUCGAUUAUUUACUUAUUGAUUUCGUGGCGAAACGAGCAAACAACGAUUCGAAAAGAAAGUCGGCAAAGAGAAAAAGAGAGGUUUUCUUUGGCCGACCUGGUGGCGGCAUUGAAUAUCGGUGGUGUGUGGUGAGAGUGUGCUGUGAUUAGCGUCGGGCGAAGUUGUGUGUCGUUGUACAGUGCCGCCAAACGAUACCACAACAUCCGAUCCCAAAUGAAGAGUUCGGAGCAAAAUGGUUAGAGAGACACGUCACCUGUGGGUUGGAAAUCUGCCGGAAAACAUCCGAGAGGAUCGCAUACGAGAGCAUUUCAAACGGUAUGGACGCGUGCAGAGCGUCAAGCUCCUGCCGCGGGGCGAAGAGUGCCCUGUGGAUGGAGGUUCCGGUGGUUCCCUCGGAGAAGGUAACGAGGGUGGUUCCGGUUCCAGUUCUGGGAGCGGUGGUAGUGGCGCGGGCAACGGUACCUCAGGCAACACCGGGGGUGCCUCCGCGACGGUGGCGUUCAUGGAUAUCAAGUCCGCAGCGAAGGCCCACGCGACUGAACAUACCUUGGACGAACGAGCCCUUACCACACAAUACUACGAACCACAGCAUCUUCAGCACAGGUUUCCCUCGCACGGAAGUUCGGAGGAUCAUGGAUCCGGCGGGGGUAGUGGCGGAGGAGUCAGCGGAGUGGUCGGCAGUGGCGUCGCCGGUUCCGGCAUCGUCAGCGGCAGCGUCGGCAGCGGAGUCAGCGGCGGCGAUCGUAGAAAUGGUUUCUUCCACGUAUCCGAAUAA